AUGUCCACCCUCCCUAACCAGCAUGACCUGCAUCAACGGCUUCAGGAUUAUCGUAUCUUUGACCAAGCUCGGCAGUCCGAAAUUGAGUUUCUAGCUCAAACCUGCCUCAAAUUGGACUCGGAGCGGCUCACUCUCCAGAGCGACCUGGACGACGAACGCGCCACCCGACGCACCUGGAAGAGACGCGCCGAAGAAGCCGAAGUGGCUGUUCAACGCAAGUUUGUGGUCGUCCUUGUCGACGCUGAUGGCUACAUCUUCCGAAAGGUUUUUUUCCAAGCUCUGGCCGCUUCUGGAGGCUCCAAAGCUGCCAAUGAGCUGUACACCGAGGUUGUAAACAAUUUGAGGUCUGCUGAGGCUGGGCCCGCUAUCAACGCCGACUGUGAUGUCCUGGUUAAUGUCUAUGCCAACAAGGCCGGUCUGGCAAGAACCCUGGCCGCUGCCGAUUACCUUAACCAUCCCUCUCAAAUCGAUCAUUUCUUCGGUUCUUUCACCCAGAGCCGCAGCCUCUUCCAGUUCAUCGACUGUGGCCAGGGGAAAGAGAGGGUGGAUGCUAAACUUCGAGACACAUUUCGAUUCUAUGCCUAUAACGCUCAAUGCCAACGCGUCUAUCUGGCUUUUUGCCACGAUAUCGGGUAUAUUGCAGAGCUCGACAAGUAUCGUCACGAUGCCAUUGUCAUGCCAAAGGUCAUGUUGAUCCAAGCCGCUCAGACGGCUCCUGCUGCCCGAGCUUAUGCUGGCCUUCCCUUCAAAAGCACUAGAUUCGAUAGCGUUUUUGAGACCUCGCCCUUAGACCUCACUCACAGAGUCGAUGCGCCUUACGGCCCCACCGGAUUCGACGCACUAAGUCUGGGUUCGUCUCCGGAGCAAGCGACCGACCAUUCCACCCCGAGUGCGAGCCGAUCGAGUUAUUCAUCGGUCUCGGGGCCGCCAGGUUUGACGCCACUAAUGCCAUUGUCUACGAACAACAAGCCUGCCAACCAUGUUAGAUCACCUACACCGCCAGCCGAGAUAGUCAGCAAGCCACCGGUGAAACCUCAGAUCCAGCCUCAACCACAGCCCCAAGUAGCUCAAGUACACAACGGACCCAACGGGGCGAGCGAGACCAAGCCGGGCAUCCCGAUCAACCGUCAAGGCCAACGGAUUGAUUUGAAGAUGAGAAUGCCCACCACCUCGGAGAUGGAGAGGUUUGAGGAGCGCAUCAGCCAACGACGUAAGCUCUGUAAUGAGCACCACCUUCGAGACAACUGCGAGUCCUACAACUGCAAGUACGAUCACGACCCGAUCGACGCCAGUAUGAGGAACACUCUGCGAUACAAGGCCAGAAGCAUUCCCUGUGCCCACGGCUCCAAGUGCCGUCGCCAGGAUUGUUUCUAUGGCCACCAAUGCCCCUGGGGGAAUAAUAGCUGUGGCAAUCUGAAGUGCGCCUUUCUCAAGACCGGCUUGCACGACAUAAGAGAUCUGGAAGUCGCCAAGUUUGUCCCGGCCCAACCGGGAGCAUGA